AUGGACUCUUUUAAUACUCUGCAAGAGUCGAUGAACAACAUGCAGAAAGAUCUGUGGAAUGAGGAUGGACUAGACGAUAGGAUUAGAUACAUCGCUCAAAAGCAUGAAGAUAACCAGAAAGUGACACAACAAGAAAGUGAGAUUGUAGACCUGAGAGGAAGAUCUAUGAGAGAUAACAUUCUGAUCCAUAAUCUGGCAGAAGAGGAAAACGAGGAUCUAAAUGCAAAAGUUCACCAGAUCAUAAGUGAUCAUUUAAAACUGGAUAUCGGUUUUGUCAGAAUCCAUCGUAACGGACCUCGAAUGCAAGGCAAUAAACCCAGAACCAUUACGGGAAAACUACGCGACUCUAAAGAUAAGGACCAGAUCCUGGCAGCCCAAAGAGCUCUGCGGGAAAAGGAGAAAAAAGAGAACAAGGAGAAAAGUACCUUACCUUGCUACAUUACACCUCAAACACCAGUGCAAAUUAACGAAAGUAGAAGGAGGCUUAAGGAGAUUAAUACACAGUACAGAAUGAACAGAAUAGAAACUAAAAUAAUUGGGAAUAAAGUUGUGUUUCCCAACGGAAAUCUGUAUCAGGAAAAGGUUACCACGCCUAGAGCUGAAGAUCUACUCUAUGUGGACGAGGCAGAAGAGGAAAAGUUAGAGGCGGUGACAAGUGAUCCUAUCUAUGAGGGUGGCAAUGUCUUCAAAGCGGUGGCAACAAAGGCGAGUACGUAUGCAGAGGUCAGACAGUUUUACAAAAAAGUUAUGAUUGACCCGAACUCAGCCAACGCGCACCAUUACGUCCUAUCAUACCGGAUACAAGAUGCACAAGGGAACAUCCGCGAUGGAUACUGCGAUGACGGAGAAUACGGCGCAGGUAGGAGAGUGGUCCAACUUUUAGGAGAUCAGAGUGCCACUAAGGCCGCAUUCGUUAUUUCAUCAUAUCGGGCCAAGGCGCUUCGAUAUCAUAUGCGAUGCCGUUCUCAAUGCUGCCAAUAA